CCGAACAGAAUAUUAAACACGCCCUUUGAGAACAAUCCUUUGAAAGGCCCAAUUCACGUAAAAGCGCAGAAGGCAUCUCCCAUCCAUCGCAUCCAUCCAUCCAUCCCGUCGUUCGUAUUGCUAAAUCCAAAGAUACGCCAAACGAAAUCGUUUCCAUCCAUCCAUCUGCCAUCCAUCGCUUUUGAAGAUUUUGGAUUUAUUUCAAACCAGCUGCAAAACCCGUCGCGACAAACUGCCCAGGACCGUGAGUCACGCGCCUGACACUAGGACCCAAUAUACGAUCUAGAUCCUUAUCCCAUCUAAAGUUUCCACAAUGAACGGAAUGCCAAUGAUGCAACCACAAAUUAUCCUCCUGAAAGAAGGAACGGAUACGUCCCAGGGAAAAGGACAGCUACUGUCCAACAUCAACGCUUGCAUUGCUAUUGCAGACACAAUCCGCACAACGCUUGGACCACGAGGGAUGGAUAAACUGAUUGUGGAAAACAAUGGCAACGUGACAAUCUCGAACGACGGUGCUACCAUCAUGAGGCUACUAGAUGUUGUCCACCCAGCCGGAAAGGCACUUGUAGAUAUCUCAAGAGCGCAGGACGCGGAGGUGGGCGAUGGAACAACGAGUGUAACGCUUUUCGCAGCCGAGCUCUUGAAAGAGGUGAAAUCCCACAUUGAAGAAGGAGUGGCCCCGCAGGUUAUCAUUAAAGGCUUCCGUAAAGCAUCGACAUUGGCCGUGAACAAAGUGAAGGAACUUGCGGUUACUGUUGAACGUCAGAACGCAGCUGAAUUCCGUGACCUGCUGGAGAAAUGUGCUGGAACGUCCAUGUCGUCAAAGUUGAUUCAUUCCCACAAAGAAUUCUUCACAAAAAUGGUAGUUGAUGCAGUACUGCAUCUGGAUCAGGAAGAGCUCAAUGAAAGGAUGAUUGGAAUCAAGAAACAGCCUGGAGGUGCUAUGCAGGAUUCCCUGCUCAUUGAUGGUGUUGCGUUCAAGAAGACGUUCUCCUACGCUGGAUUUGAGCAGCAACCAAAGAGCUUUGUAAACCCAAAGAUUCUUUCUCUCAAUGUUGAACUGGAACUAAAGGCGGAAAAAGAUAAUGCUGAAGUUCGGAUAGAGGAAGUGAAGGAAUACCAAGCGAUCGUGGAUGCCGAAUGGUCCAUUAUCUAUGAUAAAUUAGAGAAGAUUGUCGCCACGGGGGCAAAGGUUGUGUUGUCGAAACUUCCUAUCGGAGAUCUUGCGACUCAAUACUUUGCGGACCGGGACAUAUUUUGCGCUGGACGUGUGCCAAAUGAAGACUUGAUUCGGACGGUAAAGGCUGUGGGUGGUAGCAUCCAGACGUCAGUAAAUGACAUCAAGCCCGAGCAUUUGGGAAGCUGCGAGCACUUUGAGGAGAGGCAGAUAGGUGGCGAGAGGUACAAUCUCUUCAAGGGUUGCCCUCAAGCCAAGACGUGCACUCUUGUCCUUCGCGGAGGAGCUGAGCAGUUCAUCGCCGAGGUAGAGAGGAGUCUACACGAUGCUAUCAUGAUUGUUAGGAGAGCCAUCAAAAACAAGGCGGUGGUAGCUGGAGGUGGUGCAACUGAGAUGGAAUUGUCAAAAUACUUGCGCGACUACUCCCGCACUAUCGAAGGAAAACAGCAAAUGGUGAUUGCUGCCUUUGCAAAGGCAUUGGAAGUGAUUCCGCGUCAGCUUUGUGACAAUGCUGGUUUCGAUGCCACUGAUAUCCUCAACAAGCUGCGUCAAAAGCAUGGCCAAGGUGGUAUAUGGUAUGGUGUGGACAUGGAAACUGAAGAUAUUGCGGACAACUACAAUGGAUUUGUCUGGGAGCCUGCGUUGGUCAAGACCAACAUGAUUUCAGCAGCCACGGAAGCAGCGUGCUUGAUUCUGUCCGUCGACGAAACGGUCAAGAAUCCGCAAAGCGAGCAGCCGGGUCAGGGUAUGCCACGCGGAGGUGGCCGAGGCCGGGGACGGGGUAUGCCAAGGCGUUAAUGUUUGAAUGAUAAAUGCAGAAGGAAGGAUUGUAGUGUUGAAAUUGGCUCUUGUAAAUGACCCGUUUACUCUUGUUCCUAAUACAAUUUUUGUCCAUAAUCGUUGCACAA